CUCUCUCUCUCUCUCUCUAUCUGCGUUGUUCCUCUGAGAUCGGAAAAGCGAAAGAGGGGGGAAGAAGAAGGAGAAGGAGAAGAGGAGAUGCUUCUGCGGAGCGCAUCGACGCCGCUCCUCAACUCGUGGGCGCCCCAUCACGCGAAGGAGCAAGCCGCCUCGCCGGAGCCCGAGGCGGCGGCCGCCGCCCGCCGCCACCACCACCCCGCCGCCGUGGCCCGAGCCCGGCCCAUCUCGCUCACCGCCUCCCCCUCCGCCGCGCUCUCCCCCGUCGAGGACUUCCUCCCGGGCAGGGGCAGGAGGGUCGCCAGGGCCCGGUCGGAGUCCAACCUGCUGGACAUCGUCCCGGUGCCGCCCAGGAGGAAGCCCCCCAUCGCGGGGAUCCUUAAUGGGAUCACGCUGGAGGACGUGGAGGAGGUGGGGCUCGAUGAGGGGGCCGGCGCGGGGUGCCGGGUCCGGGUGGGGGACGCCGGUUUCCCGAGCGUCCUGGUCGGGGGCGGGGUCGUCGGCGGCGGCGGCGGAGGAUCGGACGGCGGUGACGGUGGGGGGAGGUUCGAGGAUUGGGAUGCGAAUGGCGGGAAGGAGAGCACGGAUUUGUAUUACAAGAGGAUGAUCGAGGCUGAUCCUGGGAAUGCUCUCGUUCUUGGCAAUUACGCGAGGUUCUUGAAGGAGGUUCGAGGGGAUCAUGAGAAGGCCGAAGAGUACUGCGCGAGAGCAAUUCUAGCGAACCCGAAAGAUGGAAACGUUCUGUCCAUGUAUGGAGACCUGAUAUGGCAGAGCCAUAAGGACUCGGAACGGGCGGAGAAUUACUUUGAUCGGGCCGUUAAAGCCGCCCCUGAUGAUUGUUAUGUUAUGGCUUCGUACGCGCACUUCUUGUGGGAUGCCGAAGAAGACGACGAUGAGGAGGCUAGGGACGAUACCAUGACGACUUCGUCUCCGAGUUUCUUCCGAGGAGCUUCUCAAUCGCUCCCUCCUCUAGCUGCUGCAUCUUAAUUAGGCCCUCCCUCUCCAUGUUUUUACCUUUCCUCGUGUAAAAAUAGCUCUUAGAUAUCAAAUUUUGACCUCUGCUAAUAUCCUUAUAUGACCUAAUUAACUCGGCCCUUUCGCCCCAGUUUUGAUGUAAAAAAGAAUAAUGUAGAGAGAAAAUAAUCAAUGAAAUGAGUUCUUUCCCA